AUGACAUCGUCUUCGGAUGCCCUCGUGACAUUCGAGCCUAAUGGUAUUCCUGUGAGGAAGAAAUACCUUAUAUCACUUUUUAGUCAGUUCUGUCUUCUUUUUUAUAUCUUAGGCAUCGCUGUUAAUUCCAAGUUAACUUUCAUCACUUCUGAUCACGAUAAAGUGGCACAUUUUACGGUAUUUCUUUUGGAAUCGUAUUUGUUCGUGAAAUGUUUCGAAAUGAAGAUAAUCGCAACGUUGAAAUGGAAGAAAUUCACCAGCCGGGCAAAGGAUCAAGAAUCAUUGAGAGAUAUCACUUAUUCCACUAUAAUGAUAAAUAAAUAUCAGGUGGGGUUUGUCUUUUGUAGUAUCGGGGUAUCAGUUGGAAGUGAGUUCAUGCAAUUUAUUUUGUCAAGAGGCCGUCGUUCAUUCGAUCCAAUGGAUAUGGGUUUCAAUUUUAUGGGUAGUUUAUUGGGUUUAUCGAUCGCAUUCUUACAGGAACGUUAG